AGAGAGAGAGAGAGAGAGAGAGAGAGAGAGAGAGAGAGAGAGAGAGAGAGAAUUUGCUGCACCAGUUGCUGGGCGUGUAUGGACUGGAACUGCUGCUUUCCUAUGGACACCGUGUGUAGUGAAACGACGACAAUAGUUUCACACUGCAGCAGAGUCACACUCAUUCUUUCUAUCGGUUGGACUUGUUCGACGGCCUCUUAAAAGCAGCUCUGGUCCACACGAAAAGCCAUGAGAGUAUCCUCGGACAUGGAGUUCAUUCAGACUCCAAGCUGUCUCAAUGAUUCGUUUUACUGGGAUGAAACUGAAUGCCUCAACUACUACGGGAUGCUUUCCCUUCACGAGGUGUUCCAAAUAGUUGGCUCUCAACUGACAGUGGAGGACAUUGAGGUGCUGUCGUUUCUGCUGGACGAAUCGUUUUGUGCACAACACCCCCUUGAUCCAGCAGCGUGGACAGUCAAGCCCUGCGAGGAAGACCCAACUGACCCAGGCGUGCCCCCUACUGCUGAGCUCCUUAGUGCGUGGAGGAGGUUGAAACCCCAGGGUAACCCAGGGAAUACGGCCUCCCUGCACACCCCUAAAAGCGGCCUGGAUCUGCUGCUGCAGCUGGAGAGACGAGGUUACCUCAGUGAAGAAAACCUGGAGCCCUUGCUCCAGCUCCUGAGAGUCCUCACUCGUCACGAUCUCUUGCCCUUAGUUUCACGCAAGAAAAGGAGGACAGUGUCUCCAGAACGAAUAGUUCCCUACUUUUCUACAGAGAACAAAAUGAUGCCUGUGUCAACAAUAACACACCGGAGAACUGAUACUAGCAGCCCCUCCCUGCCUGGGGACCCUGCCUGCAGGACGAGGAGACGGAAGAGGGGUUACGGCUGGAGCCGCAGGCCCAAGCGGUCCAACCAGCCGGGCCCUCCGCAGCUGCUGCAAACAGACGCAGUUAACUUCGCUUACGUGCGGCUGCGCGUGCGCGCCGAGUACAUGGAGCACGACGCGGCGCUGCGCAGCGGCGUGUCGUCGGACAAACCCAACCCGCUGGAGCGGCAGUUUGAGCUGUUCAGCCGCGCCAGCUCCCUGCUGGGCGCCCGCAGCCUGGGCUCGGUGGGCUGCAGCAUAAAGUUCACGGAGUGGGAGUACCUGCAGGUCUUCUGGGAGGACUACCUGAGCGGGGUGCUGCUGGAGUCCCUGAAGUGCGUGUUCAUCACCGACUCCAUGCGGCAGGCGGCGGGGCGGCAGGGCGUGCGGCUGCUGAUCAACGUGGACCAGGACGACUACGAGGAGGGCUGCCGGGUCCUGGCGGCCGGCCGGAAGAGGUUGAGGAGGCCCUCCGUCAGCGGUGGGUAGACGCAGAGGGGAUUGGGAGCUGCAUCUUAAGACGCAUGUAUAAAUGGUGAAGAUGAAUGAGUUCAUUAUCGUUGUUCCCAGUACAUAACAAAGAAUCAAUCGGCAGCUAUGCACCAGCAGACAAAGGGAAUCCCCUUCUGCUUGAUGCCAUUACAAAGGCAUCAGGAGACAAGCUGGCCGACCAGAGGCCUUACGUUCUAGGUGCUCGCAAACUGUCAUGCAAGAAGAAAAAAACAGAAUAUGGCCGAUGUAGUCGCUGUUGGUUUGGGUGUAGUCUGUUAAUGUUAAGAGUUUUGUGUAUUUAAAAGCAAGUAAAUGGAAACCAAUUGAAACACGCCUACCUCUCAAAAACACCUGACCAAUGUCAAGGAUAUUGUUUAUUAUAUGACCUUAGUUUCUUGUUUUAGGUAAUUUCUAGGGGAGGGAACGGCUCGGCUCUUGAACGUGAUCUGUGAUUCUGGACAGCUCUGGUUCACGCACAGACAGCCUAUUAAACCAGGCGCUCGGUGUGUCCCGUGUGUCAUGAUAACCCAGCUUGAUGUUUUGAGUUGCCGAGUGCAUGGGCAGGUGCCAGUAGAUGACAGUGGUGAUUAGGGCUGGCCCCUGGCGGACCGUGGAAGAUUCAUCAUCGCACUCUUGUCAGUGCUAAGCGGGAUGACAAAAUGGCGCCAUGUAUGUAUCCGGAUCUCCAGCCCAGGCCGCCGCCUGCCAGUAGCUCCCUCUCAGACAUCCCAGCUCCACUCAGCUCCAAUAUGUUGGCCCAGUAGAUGGGCUUCCAGACAGCUGUCUAGUCACCCUGGUGGAACUAAUGCCUGGACUUCACUCAUAGAGGACCCGAUCAAUAGGGGCCCCAAAGUCCCUCCAUACAAGAAAGACUUAAGCACAUAGACUUCUUGCCAGUGUCUCAGGCUAAGGGCACUGCUAGCCGGCACAAAGAAUAAACGUAGAGAGUGCAAGGGACAGCCAUGUUCAUAUUUGUGUUUUUGUCAUUCUGAUGUCUUUGUGUACGUUUAUAUUCAUAGGUGAAAAUGUGAAAAAAAAUGGGGAAAAAAGUCAAAGUGGUAAUGUUUUGUUUAAGAAAGGGAGUAUUUACUCUGAGCAUGUCCUUUUUGGGGGGGAUUUACCUUAACAUUGAAUUAAAUUGUGUCAGAACUGUGUCCAUACAAUUAUUUUAUAUCAGUAUGGAAUUGUAAAUGAAUCAGAAGAUAAUAAAUAUAAAUACUUUAGAUGACA